GGCAGGCGACGCUGGGGCGGAAGGAGUCCAGUCAUGUGACCCGUCGCUCUGCUGUCAGGAGCGCAAACAAGCGCCGCAGAGAGCUCGGCGGGAUGGCGGAGGCGGUGAAGCCCCGGAGCCGGGCCAAGAGCAGCCGAGCCAGAGCCAAGGAAAAAAAGAAAAAAUGUGAAGAGGAGGAGAAAGCAGAGCCCGGGGCCUUUCUUACCAGCGCAGCUCGACCUCAAGAAGGAUCUUUUCAGUCCGCUGACCCCCGGGAGGAACGCCCUGCAGAGGCCCGACUCCAAAAUGAAAUGAAAGAGAAAGAAAAUACGAGCGAUGCGAGUAACGUUCCACUGAGUACGUCAUCCCCGGUAGGUGAAGGAUCCUCAGGUGAAACUCAGACGAAGCUUGCGGCACAGGCAGAAGAAUCCAGGCCGAAGGUUUUACAAGAGGAACGUGCUGCAGAGGAAUCAGCUGAUCCUCCGAAUCUUCUUGCAGCGUCCCUUGGGGAAACGAGAACUUGUGGCCUGUCGGAGAGCACUGUCCCUCGCACGCCUUUACCAGUUGGAGCAGAACAGAACCGAGGAGCAGAGAACGUUCAAAAGCCUCCCACGGAGAACCCCAUUGUCCGUUCUUCAGAAGAUGCUCCCGUCACCGUCUCAGCCCCUCACGAGGACAUCAAGGGACACGCCAGGACCUCUGGUUCCAAGAGGCUCUAUCCCGAUCUGGCGUCGGAGUUAUCCCAAGAGAGAGCGCCGGGGCUCGCCACCAAACCGCAGCUCCCGAAGGGGAGGCUGUAUCCGGCGAUCCCGACGGAACCAGAGCUGGCGCCUUUCACCCGGGAGCAGCUGAAACUCUUUGAGCCGGGCUCCUGGCUGGAGAACGUGGACUCCUACGCGGAGGAGUUCGAGAGCCUCGCCCACCAAGACCGGCACGAGUUCUACGAACUGCUGUUGAACUACUGGCGCUGCCGGAAGCAGCUGCUGCUGGCCGAGGCGAAGCUGCAGGCCUUGGCCUCGGACUGCCGGAGCGUCAGGGACCGCCUGUGGACUUUCAAGGACGAGCAGCAGUUUGCUCAGGGGGUCUGCGCCGACCAGAGCAAAGUUUCCGGCAGCCACCGCUACCAGACCGUGGAGGCGAACGCAGGCGCCCUGGGGGAGCUGAAGCGGCUGUUCGAAGAGCAAGCGGAGCACGUGCAUCAGACAUUGGCCCUGCACCUGUACACCUCUGUGCUGUCCCGCCUGCAGGUGGAAUCUUACAUCUACGGGUUGCUCAGAGGCUCCCCCCUGCUGAGGUCUCUGGGGGCACAGCUGCAAGAGCCAGUGCUGCAGCAGCUGGAAAGCGACUCUUCAGACUUGGGUCCCUUGAAAGAAUGCAUCAGCGUUCUCUUCAGUUUCACCCGCCGAGCUGUCGAAGAUGCCCAGUUCCAGGGCGACGUCCUCUCGUGGCUCCAGAGGCUGGUUUCAGUCUUGCAAAGGGUGGGCUCUCCAGGGGACCACCUCUUCCUCUUGAACCACAUCCUCCGAUGUCCGGCCGGCGUCAGCAAAUGGGCAGUUCCUUUCGUUCAGAUCCGGGUCUUGGGUAACCCCUCCGGAGUCUUUCAUUUCAUGCAGUCCCUUGCGUUGCUUAUGUCUCCCGCCAAAGGCCGAGCAGAAUUUAUGUGCCACAUGAAGCCGUGUGAAAGGCAGUCUUCCUCAUCAUCUGGGCAGGAAUCCGGAAAUUGGACUUUGGUCGAUGAAGGAGGAGAAGAGGAUGAAGACCCUGACACGAGCUGGGUCCUUCUUCUUGAAGACGACCUGAUCGCCCUCCUUUCUCAGUUCCCCUUCCACGAACUCUACCAGCACAUGCUCAGAUUUGACAGUAAAGGUGUUUAUGCUCCAGAAAGAACCACAGCCCACGAAAUGAUGAAGAUCUUGGCAUUUGCUAAUUCGUUAGUGGAGCUCCUAGCGGUGGGGCUGGAAACCUUCAACCGGGCGCGCUACAGGCAGUUUGUGAAACGCAUCGGCCGCCUCAUCAGGAUGACACUUUGCCACGUGAGUGAUCACUGGGCCCAGUACGUCAGCCGCGCGAAGAACUAUGGCUCCGCCGCGCCCCCUUACUCGGUCGAGAAGCUGCAGGUGGAAUUCGACGAACUCUUCCUGAGGGCUGUCCUCCAUGUGCUGAAGGCAAAAAGGCUGGGGGUGUGGCUCUUUAUGUCCGAGAUGCCGUACGGGACCCUAUCCAGCGGGAUGCUCUGGAAGCUCUUCUCCAUCAUGCACCGUGCAGAAAGCGAGAACCCGGAGAAGCUGUGCGCCGCCAUGCGCCUGGCCGACUGCAAGCGCGAACUCAAAGACCCAGCCCACCUGGAGAAGUUCACCAAGUACCUGCAAUCGAUGAACGGCUCGGAGGAAAUUUGCCUGCUGACGACGUUUGCCCAGAUGGCGCAGACCAAGGGGGAGGAUGCGGAUGAGGAUUUCGUCCGAGUCAUUGUGCUGGAAAUCUACGAGGUAUCCUACGUCAGCCUUUCCACAAGAGAGACGUUCUCUAAAGUGGGCCGGGAGCUCCUCAGCUCCAUCACGGCCAUCCACACUGGCAUGAUUUCCGUUUUGCUGGACCGAGUCCAAGAGACCAUCGAGAACGUCGGAAUGGUUUCCCUUUAUUUAUUCAAAGAACUCCCGAUGCACCUCUGGAAGCCGUCCGCUUCGGAAGUGGCUUUGCUCCGCGCCUGGCUGCUGGAUUACAACUUGACCGCCGUCGAGAACAAGCUGGCCUGCGUCAUUCUGGAAGGGCUGAAUUGGGGAGCUGACGAGCACGGGUGCCUCCAUCUUGAUCCAGCUGUGCACGCAGAAGUUGCCCUGACCGUCUUAGAAGCUUACCAGAAGUAUCUGCCCCAGAAACCGUACAGCGGACUGAUCUCAGAAAGCAUCAAGCAGGUCUCCUACCUGGCCAGCGUCGUUCGGUACGGAGAGACGCCCGAAACCUCCUUCAACCAGUGGGCGUGGGGGCUGGCGCUGAGGUUGAAACUGCACGCCAACGAUCAUGGCAUGGGGCAGGGCUGGCCUUCCGUUCCUGUCUCCCGGACGGUGCCCGAGCUGGCGGAAUCUCCCACGCUGCAUCCGCUGCUGAAGGCCGUCAGAGCAAGCCUUCCCAUUGGCUGUUACCUGGCGCUGGCCAUGACGACGGUAGGCCACAGCAUCGAAAAGUUCUGUGCCGAAGGGAUCCCUCUCCUGGGCGUUCUGGUGCAGUCGCGGCACCUGAGAACCGUCGUUCACGUGCUGGAUAAAGUCUUGCCGCUCUUCUACCCUUGCCAGUUUUACCUGCUGAAGAACGAACAGUUCUUGUCGUACCUCCACCAGUUCCUUCAGCUGGACAGCGGCGUUCCCCAAGGGAUGACCCAGCAGGUGACCCGUACGGUGGCCCAGCACUUGACUGGGGUGAGCUACGGUGAAAACAUCAAGUUGCUCAACGGCCUGAUUCAGAAUCACGUCUUUCUAAGCAGCCAUCCCAAUGGAGUGGGGCCAGCAGCUGUCCUGGAAUUCUGGGCGCAGACCCUCACCAGCCAGCCGGCCUGGCACAAGGAGAGAGCCACGCUGUGCCUGAUGGACCACCUGUGCCAGGCAGCUUUUCAGUUUAACCAAGAGGACUGUGUCCAGAAGCUGCUGUAUCAGCAGCACAAGAAUGCCUUGGGCUACCACUGUGAUAAGGGGCUGCUAUCUUCCUUAGUCAGCUGGAUCGUGGCUGGAAACGUCACGCCUUCUUUCAUCGAGGGGACCGCCAAUUCCAUGCAGGUUUGGUUCGCAUGGACCGUUCUGAACACGGAGUCCAUCUUCGAAGAGGAUUCCCAGCUGCGUAGAGUCGUGGAGAAGGAGUUAGUCAUCAACUCGUUGACCCCUGAUCAGGCUUUGAAGAAAGCUCAGGCCCAGCUGAAGUUGCCCAUCGUGCCUUCCCUGCAGCGGCUCCUGAUCUAUCGCUGGGCGCAGCAGGCCCUGGCCACGCCCGAGGAUCAUCCCCUCCUGCCCCUCAUCUGGCAGAAGUUCUUCCUCCUCUACCUGCACCGCCCGGGGCCGCAGUACGGGCUACCCGUAGAUGGCUGCAUCGGGAAAAGGUUUUUCCAGAGUCCCGCUCACCUUAGCCUCUUGAACGACCUCAAGCAGCGACUGAUAGAGGCAGCCGACUUCCACCACGUGGCCAGCAAAGCUCUCCGGCCCAAAAGCCCGGAGGAGGGCAGGGAAAGCGCGACAGAGAAAGGAUGCAGGAAGCCCGACUGCUUGACCUCCCCAGAGCUGCACAAGGAGCUGGUUAGGCUUUUCAAUGUGUGUGUUCUGUGGCUGGACGAAGAGAGCUUCCAAAAAGGGGACACGUAUAUCCCCUCCUUGCCAAAGCAGUAUGAUGCCCACAGGCUUGCCAAAAUCAUGCAGAACCAGCAGGAUUUAUGGAUGGAGUUCGUCAACGUGGAACGCAUACAGCACGAAUUCGAGGAAGCGAUAAACUUCUGGCUUCAGGUCAGGGUGGAAUCGCACGCGUCUCCAAGCGCCUUGUCGGCGCAAAUGGACUUCACGAACCCUUUGUUGGCCAAAGAGAGAAUCCUCAGCAAUCUGCAAAAGUAUGACGCACCCCAGCCGUCUCUCCCCCUCCAGCCGAUGAAAGCCCCCGUGCCUGUGAUUUCUCCUUCCAGCGUCACGAAGCAGAACGAAGCCAAAGAGCUGGUUCGUGCCAACCUCAGCAUCUUGCAACACCAUGCCAAAACUGCAGCGAUCCGAGAAUCCCAGCAAGUUGCUUUUAACAGUGAGAUCCUGGACACUUUGCCAAAGCUGUACACCAACAGAGAAGAGCAAGUGGUUCUUCACCUGGAGUGUCGGGGCAGUUCCGGGAAACCUUGCCAAGGAGCAGCCCUUGUGACCAUUCAGUUUGAAGGGAAGUAUAAAAACGAAGCCGUCGGCCAACAGCUCCACGCCCUGAAGAAAGAAGUGAAGCUGCUGCAGGCGGAAGCCACGAAACCCCCCGCUCCGGGCAUCGUGGAAGCGGCGGUCCACUUGGAGAACUUCAUCACAGCUUUAAUCAACCUCUACAAGCUGCAACCUGUGCCAGGGAUUCACAAAGUCGGGAUCAGUCUGUUCUUUGCAGUGGUGGGCUUCGUGAGUGACGAAACGCAGCGCCAUCCGCCCACCAGGCAGUUCUUCAGCUCUUGCAUUGAGAUCCUCGGCCAGGUCUUCGUGGCGGGAACCAAGUCGGAAUGCCGACCUCUUCUGCGGACCAUCCUGAAGAACCGGAGGCUCUGCACCCUCCUCUCCCCUUAUCUCACCCCCGUCGCCUCCCCGGAGGAGUUUGUGGACCUUUACGAGCAAGUGGUCUCUUCCCUCAGCGAUGACAACAGUGACGUCAUCUUCAUGCUGCUCACCAAGUUCGAUCUCCCACAGUGGCUGCACAGUUCGAAGCCCCCUCUGUCCGAUCGCACCAGGCUUCUGGAGUCCAUCCACUUGGCGCUCAAGACCUGCGGCUUCGAGCCCGAGGAAGACGUCUCGAUGCCUUACAACCUCUUCUGCAAGCACUGGGCCUGUCUUCUCCGGUAUCAGUUCCCCGACCACUACAGCACUUUCCUCAGGCUGCUGAUGCAAAGUUCCUCGGAUCAGCUCCUGCGCCCCGACUGCUGGAAGGCGUCCCUGAAGGCCUUGGGUUGUUUCCCCUCAGCAGCCAAAAAGAGUGCUGGGAAAGAGGAGUCCACAGAAAACGGAGCCUUGCAAACAUCUGCGGAGACGCUUCUCUCAGCAGAACAGGUCAUGGAGACUAUUGAAUGGCUCUCCAACUACUUCCUCAAACUGCGCUUGUCUUCGAGAGACUUCCAGACCUUUGGCUUGUUUUCCAAGUGGGCCCCUUACAUUGCCCAAGUGAAGCGCUUCGUGGAGUAUCUCGUCAACCGGCUUAUUGACUCAGAGGCCGCCAGCUUGGAACAGGAAGCGGUGGGCAGCGAGAGUGUCCUGGCAGCUCUGCAGUCAUUACAUUUGGUCAUCACCCAGCUCUUUACGCCUUGGAUUCUCGUUUUGCAGCAGGAAGAUGCAAGCAAACAGCCCUGCUAUCCGUGGCUGGAAAGCGACACUCCCGUGGCUUCCCAUAUGGUUCAGUUAUACGCAGACAGCAUUGGAGCCCUACACAGAAGUUUUAAAGAUAAGCUGCUGCCCAGCCACCAGGGGGCGCUUUGGCUCCACCUGAUGCACUACUGCCAGACCUGCACGGCCCCCAAGAUGCCCGAGCACAUCCUCUACGCGCUCCACACCGAGUACGGGCGCCUCCCUUGGAAGGAGAUGCAUCCCGACCCUCAACUCAUGGAAGAGUUCUUUAAAAUUGAAAGAGGCAGCCCCAAAAGCUGUUUCCUCUUCUUGGGCUCGGUCUUAUGCGAAGUCAACUGGGUGAGCGUCCUCUCGCACGCCUGGCACCCCAGCCCGCCUCCGGAGACUCAGAACAUGAUCGUGUGCCUGCUGUACAUGGUGGUCUUGCUGGCGAAGGAGCAGCAGCUGGUCACCAAAGAGGAGUCCCCGCUGCUGAACCUCCUGGGCCAGACCAGUUCCCUGCCCUGGCAGCUCGUCGGCAUCCUGUCCUACCAGAGCAUCGUCGGCUACCUGAACAGCCACUACCCGCCGUCCAUCAUCCUGGCAAAAGAGCCCGCGGCCGAGCUGCUUGUCCGGCUCCUGAAGACCUCCGCUGGCUUUGGCGCCUCGUCCGAUGGCCACGUGCACCUUGACGCAACCCUCAAGUGCCAAGCCUACGUUCGCCAGACGGUCCAUUUCCUCAGCAUCCUGGAGCAGAAUGGGAAAAUCAGCCUGCAGGUUCUGGAGCAGGAGAUGUCCAAGCUGCUAGAUGACAUUGUCCUCUUCAACCCUCCAGACGCCAACGUGCAGGCUCGCCACCUGGCUUUGAGCAGCCUCUUCACGGAAGCCCUGAUGAUGCUGAACAACGCCAGCGUCUCGGCAGCUGAGUCCCUCCGGGUCGCCCUGCGGGGCUGGAUCGGGGUCACCGUCCACGGGUUCGGGGUGAUGCCCCUCCUGACGGCCGUGUGCCAGAGCCUGGCGUCGGUCCGGCACAUGGCGGAGACCACGGAAGCCUGCAUCGCGGCCUAUUUCAACGAAGACUCUUCGCCUAACCAGGGCUUGGGCUGGGGCCCCCUCGUAGCUGCCUUGCAGGUGCCCGAGCUCACCGCCGAAGACUUCCUGCAAGAGUGCCUUUCCCUUGGCAGCUACCUGACCCUCUACGUCUUCACGCUGCAGAGGCUGAAUGCUGAGCAGACCUCGGCCAACGAGAUGAGGGUGCUGCUGACGCUGAGCAAGUGGCUGGAAGAGGCGUAUCCCAGCUCUGCCGAGGAUGAAGCCAAGCUGUUCCUUUGGUGGCACAAAGCCCUGCAGCUCUGCCUCCUCCAAACCGAGCAGGACGACGCCGUGUUGAUGGAGGCGGUCAUCCGGACGCUGACGCUGCUGCAAGGCCGCCAUGCCCUGCUGGCCGAAGAGAGGCUCUCUUCCGGGAUACUCGGGGCCAUCGGCUUGGGCAGGAAAUCUCCUUUGUCGAACAGGUUUCGGGUGGUCGCUCGCAGUAUGUCGGCCUUCCUGCUGGUACAGAUUCCCGUGGAGAAUCAGAUCCGGUUGCGGCCUGGCACAGAACUGCAGCUGUCCGCCAAAGCUCAGCAGGCGCUGCACGCUCUCGACUCGCUGGCUUCCAACAAACAUUACGCGGCGUUCCAGGAGCAGAUCUCCCAGGCGUCCGGCUUUAUCAAGGACCCUCAGCAUUGCCUUCACCACGGGGCCGACCUGUUGGCGAUCCUACUGAACACGUUGUACCCGGAAGUGCAUUUCUUGGACGCGAUACGAUAGCGAUAAGCCGAGCACGGGCCGCCCCUUGUGGUGACUGUGGCCGACCUUCUGUUUACAUUUGAUGUCGAUGUUGCACAUGUGAACUCGUGGCUCGCAGGGUCCCUGUUAGCUUCCAAGGCUCUUAAUCAA